UGGCGAAUUUAUUGAAGAAAUAGAAAGACGGAAAACAACAGGGGAGGUCAGGCGAAGCGAAGUAUGGGCCGGAUCUAGAGUUUUCCGGAAGGUUCGCUCGCCUCACCGCCAUCUCUUGCGCCCGAAGAAAGGAGGAAACCAAAAUCCCGAAACCAAUCCAGAAAUAAAAGGAGUCCGGAGCUACAAGUCAGACGAAUUCUUGGGAUUGCGUGCGUGACGCGCCGGAUCGUGUGAAGCCUUUGGCCUCUGGUUCUGUGCGGGCAAGCCGGCCUCUUGGGAUUCGGCGGCGCCCCACCGAUGGGGGCCGGCAUGAGCAGCGGCCGGCGGCGCAGCUUCGUCGUCGAGCGGUCGGGGGGUUUGCUGGCGCUGCUGGGGCUGCAGGUGGUGCUCGAGUACGGCCGCGCCGGCGCCACCCGGCCGCCCGUCACUGCGGCGCUGCUCGCCGCCAAUGCGCUGGUUUACCUCCGCCCGGGCGUCCUCGACGGACUCCUCCCCUCGCUCUCCCGCGCCUCCUUCAACCCGUACCUCAUCUUGAAGCACGGCGACUUGACGCGCUUCGUCCUGUCAGCUUUCUACCACUUGAGCGAAACUCACAUCUUCUACAACAUGACAUCUCUCUUGUGGAAGGGCAUACAGCUUGAAACAUUAAUGGGUAGUGCUGAGUUUGCUUCCAUGGUUGCUGCAUUGCUUGGCCUGUCUCAGGGCAUCACACUGCUCUUGUCCAAAGGCUUACUCUUGCUGGGUGAUGAUACUGCGUAUUAUGAUCAAUAUGCUGUUGGAUUCUCUGGCGUGUUGUUUGGCAUGAAGGUUGUGCUGAAUGCCUGGUCAGACGAUUUUGUCUAUCUGCAUGGGAUGGUUAUUCCAUCAAAGUAUGCUGCCUGGGCUGAAUUAUUCCUCAUUCAGGCUUUCAUUCCCGGGACUUCCUUUCUUGGACAUCUUGGUGGGAUACUUGCUGGACUGGUCUACCUUUGGCUAAAGCGCUUGUUCGACGGGCCAGACCCACUCACUCUUCUGAUUUCAAACGUUGCCAAGGUCGUGACCUGGCCAGUGAGAUUUGCUCAGAGACUUCUAAGGUCUGGCCGUCACAUUACAGGUCAGGGCAGGGUUGGGCGCCGUGCAUCAGCAAGAGAGACCCCUCGAGGUAUAUGGAGAUGCUCAACCUGCACCUAUGACAACUCACUUGCUACCGAUAUCUGUGAGAUGUGCAGCACUGUGCGUGAGGACCGUGCUUUUUCGCCGAGACAGCAUCAUCAAGCUGUGGGUAACGGGGAGCUCUCGUUUGAGGUCCUUGAGGAGAUACGCCGUAGGAGGCUGCAAAGAUUUGACAGAUGAUGCAAAUUAUUGCUACCAAUACAAGGAUUGUGUGGUGCUAAAGAAGCUUCUCCCUUUUGAAGACUGGUAUUGCCCUUCCUCUGCUAGAUAGUUCCAGCAUACUGAUGAUGAAGAGCGAUUUACACAAUUGAACUUUCCUCACCAUCCGAUGGAGCCUGCUACUCAUAUAGCAGCAUUCUUUAGGUUGUCUCAAACCGCAAGCCUUGGAAGUAGUUACUAUCUAUUUUUGUAUAAAUUAUUUCAGGCUACAUUGAAAAUAAAGUACCUGAGCACAUCAUAAUGCUUCGUAACAGCGGCAAGAAUUGAUGAUUUACAUCAUCUGUCACUCUCUA